GCCCCUGGAGGAAGGCAAGAAUGGAGUCAGAGGCCCAAGGCAAAGGGUGGGCUGCGCUCCUUCUGGGACACAGCAGAGGCCUCUGCCAAGGUAAAAAUCUCUGGGAGGAGACAAGUGAAUGGAUCUGAAAGCUACGGGGGACAAGGGACUCAUCAGAACUUGGACUGAGGGAGUGAGGGAAGCAGGGAGGGCAAGGCUAGGGCCCCAGCCCAGGGGGAUGCAAAGCACUGGCUUCAGGUGCAGGUUUCAGGACAAGCUGAGUUAGAAAUCCAGGGGGCCAUCCAGGUGGCAGUGUCAGGAGGAGCCGCCUUGAACCCAGCGGAGCACAUGCGUGGAGAUCCAGUCACGGGCCAUGGACACCACGGAGGUGGACAGAUGGCUCCAGACAGAGCCCAGAGGAGCACACAGGCAGCCUGCAAAGGAGCCCCAAGGGGAAGGAGAAGGUGUGCCAGGAAAGGCAGACCCAGUGCAGAGAAGAGCCCUCUGGGAGGAAGAGGAAGUGUUGGCAGUGUCAAACGCUGCGGAGACAUGAAGCAAGGUAAGAGCGGAAAAAACAUCCACGAACCCCGUGAUGCAAUCAGAAAGGCAAGAUAACUUCAUGGCCCCUGCCUGUCUCUUCCCAUGCCGACUCACGGCCAAGGACACAGAAUCGUGCUUCCUCCCUCGUUCUGGAAAAGCACUACUUUUGUACCCAAGUUCUGGACUCUCCGGGGGGGACAGGACCAGCCUCUGUGGUUUGAAGGUCCUGGUUAGCUGGUUAGGGGCCCUUUCCAGUGACCCUUUCCAGAGGGUGCAGCUGAAUCCUCUGGGACAGGAAAGGGGUGUGGGGGCCCUGGACUCUGGGGCGGAGAUGGGAGCCCCAGAGCCUGCUAGGGAAUGGCUGCAGAGCCUCUGAGGAGCCUCAGGGGCCAUCCCUGGCUGGGCACUGGGCAGAGAGGGAGCAGAACCUUCCGUAUCCAACAUCUGGGGCUCGCAGCAGCCUAGGCCCUAGGAGGGGCCCACCGCGACCGCGGGAGCAAACCCUGCCCUGCCGUGAUGGAAUUUUGUUAUAAUGAGAAUGCUACUUGGUUUAUUACGUUUUGCCCCUGCUCGUGGAAAGAGAUUUUUUUUUCAAUCUAUUUUAAAUAUGGUUACUAUCAGACCAGUGACUGUCCAACCCACCUGGCCCCGUGGAAACAGGAGUGUGGCCACUUAGGUGGGGAAGAAGAAAGAGGAAAGGAAAAAGAAAAAGCUGGAGGAUGGGGCCUGGGAGGGUCCAGUUCCUCUUCAACUCUGUUCUUCACGCUCAGACGCCAAUGGUUCAGGCCCAGCCGCUCAGAAGAAAGCUGGCCUCUCGGCUGCCCCAGGCCAUUCCCACAGCAGCUCAGAUGGUGGGUCAGGAGGCCGAGCCCUGCGCCCCUGGAACUCCGUCAAGGGGACCACCCAGCUGUUUGAAGGGAAAAUAAUCUUUCACGUCUCCAGAGGGCAGCCUGAAGAUGGCUAAUUACACGUCAGCCCCGGAGGAUGACUAUGACGUCCUCAUAGAGGAUGACCUGAAGAGCAGCGAAAUAGAACCAUGCAACCCCUACGACCCCAAGAUCCUGGCGGCCCGGGUGGUACCCCAGCUCUCCACCACCGUGUUCCUGGCUGGUCUCCUGGGCAGUCUCUUGGUUGUGCUCAUCCUGGUGAAACAUAAAGGACUCAAGCACACGGAAGAUAUCUAUCUCCUGAACUUGGCAGUUUCGAAUUUGUGUUUCUUGCUGGCCCUGCCAUUCUGGGCCUACACUGCGACACACGGGGGGGUUCUCGACAACCCCUUCUGUAAAAUUCUAGUGGUCCUGUACUCCAUAGGCCUAUACAGUGAGGCAUUUUUCAACGUCCUCCUGACAGUGCACAGGUACCUGGUGUCUCUCCCCGUGAGCCUUCCCUCAACCACCAGCACGGCACGCUGGGGCGCGCUCUCAAGUGUCCUGGCAUGGGUCCUAGCCACUCUGGUCAUUUUGCCCGAAUCCGGGUUUUAUAAAGCUCAGAUGGAAAGCCAGACAUACAAGUGCUUCUUGAGACUACCUCACUUCCUGCUGGCGGAGGAGACAUCCUGGAAGCGUUUUCUGACCUUAAAGAUGAACAUUUUGGGACUUCUUGUUCCACUGUGCGUUUUUGUCUUUUGCUACAUGCGAAUGAGAAAAAUACGAAGGUCUGGGGAGAGGAGGCCUGGCCUUUCGAAGCUGGUUUUUGCCAUAAUGGCUGUUUUCCUUCUGAUGUGGGGGCCUUACAACAUUGCACUUUUCCUGUCCACUUUCAAAGAAUCUUUCUCCCUGCACGACUGCAAGGGCAACUACAACCUGGACAGGAGCGUUCAGAUCCUGAGAAUUGUUGCAGCCACCCACUGCUGCAUCAACCCCCUCCUCCACGCGUUCCUUGACCCCACAUUCAGAAGACACCUCGGCCGCCUUUGCUGUGUGCACGAUGGCCGUCUGCUUCAGUCCAGAGAGGAAUCUACACGAGAUGCCGCCAGGGAAGAACUUGACCAUUCCACCAAAGUGUAAACUAGCUUUCAUCAAAGGUGGGACAAAUAAACAUUGAGUUUUACAUCGUC